UUACAGAAGUUUUCUUUGGCAAUCUCCCAUUGGGUAUUCUGUUUAUUUACUCGACAUCAAAAAUUAUUUGUUCUUUGCCGGUUAUCUAAAUUUUUUGUAAAAGUUUGUUGGUUAAUAAAUAUUUUGUAAAAAAAAUUACAUAAAAAUAGUCAUAAUAACUAAUUUGUGAGUUUAUUUGUAAUAUUCCGAUUAUCUUAGUGAAGCAUUUUCAGUAUGCCUUCAAAGAUCACCACCCUCGCACAAACCAUACACUUCAAAAAUAAGAAGAAGAAGCUUUACAACAUUUCACCGCUCUUCCAAUACAAUUACUACAAACAUCGCUGUCGCGUUAAGAACGCCAAGAAAUUCAUCGACAAUGCACCGCCUAUUUUACAUUUGACAAACAUAAUGAAUCUGAAGAAUAACUAUAUCGAUAUGUCGGCCAUUUCGGGUAUGAUGCGCACGAAUACGGAAAUGUUGGAAUUUUUCGGUCGUUUGAAUAUUUUCGGACGCAAGGAGUCGUGGAAUGACUCGCAUGAUGCACAAUGGCGCUACUCGCGCCUCGCCUUUAUGCGCAGAGUUGUCGAAGCUAUAGAGAAAGAGAACCAGUAUAUAGCAAAGCGUGUUUUGAAUGCACAAAAAAAGAUAAAUACCCAUUUGAAACCGCUCUCAGCAAGUGUGGGGGAUUUUCGUACGCCGAAAGAGAUUUUAGCUAAAUACAAAUCUGAAGUCAUUUUACCACCCAGAUGCGGUGAUCAGCAAUUACUCUUACGCCCGAUAGUGUACUUCGAUAUGGAGGUUGUGGGUCUUUAUCCCAUCGGUCGUUUUAUCAUACAACUCUACACUGAGGCCUUUCCGCAGGCUGCAUUGGCAUUGGUGCGUACGUGUAAGGAACAGAAAUUGCGUAAACUAAGACUCGUACGGGCCUUUCCCAAUCUUUGGGCGGAAUUCGAAUUGAGAUUGGAUGCAAAAGAUACCGCAUUGGCGGCGGACUCACACAUCGAGUAUGAUAAACGUGCGCUGAGUAAAAAUUUCAAAGCGGGCACAUUAUCGUUUUCCUUAAAACAUAUCGACACACUACGUAAGGGCAUUUUGAGUUUUGCGCUUAGUUUUCGAACACUGUCGGUGGAGAUGAAAGAGCGUGUGGCGUUUGGUGUUUUGAUUAGAGGCAAACGUGGACUCUAUUUGUUGGAGAGUAACGGCACUAAGAAUGGCAAGCCGAUGAAGAAAGUUAUCGCAACGGAGAUGGGUGUGAGUUCAAAAAUUUAAGCACCUGAAGAGUAGGCGAUCAAAAAACGUGGACUUUCUUUAAUGAAGCGUUUCUCACUCAAGGAAGCUGCUUAAGAUUAGAGUUAGGUAUCCACCUAAAGCUCACUAUAAAAGUGUUAAGUCAGGCAGUAGUAUAUCUCGUCAGCCGCUACUUUUUAUUGCCUACCUUAAGUUCGAGGAAUUCGUAGGUGCUACCAGACAGAUGAUUCGAAGUUUUCAUGAAACAUAUAUCUAUCUUUCUGAAAUCAUUGUUCUUUGUUACACAGUUUUUGAAUAAAUUUAAAGCUUGUCGAAAUUAUUA